AUGGAAGGCAGUGUGGAGAUGGAAGCAGCGGUUCCCUUGCAGCAGAGCAGCCAGAGGCUCCAGGAGAGGGGGCAAUGGGCAAACAAACUGGAGUUCAUUCUGACGGUGGCCGGAGCCAUCAUCGGCCUGGGCAACGUGUGGAGAUUCCCUUACCUGUGCUACAGGAAUGGAGGAGGUGCAUUCUUCAUUCCCUACUGCCUGUUUCUGGUGACCUGUGGCAUACCCCUCUUUAUCCUGGAGACGUCCCUGGGCCAGUACACCAGCCAGGGUGGAAUCACCUGCUGGAGCAAGAUCUGCCCCCUUUUUGAGGGUCUUGGCUAUGCCAGUCAGUUGAUCGUCUUUUUUGGAGCCAUCACCUACAUUGUGAUCCUGGCCUGGGCAUUCUUCUACCUCUUUGCCUCCUUCAGUGCGGAGCUCCCCUGGGCCACCUGCAAAAACACCUGGAACACAGCCACCUGUGUGGAGUUUGACGUGCAGAAUGCCACAACCAAUUGGACCACAUCACCAAAUGCCACCUUACCGGUUAUGGAAUUUUGGCACCGAAGGGUGCUGAAUAUCUCUGGAGGGCUUGAGGAGAUGGGCAGUGUGAGGUGGGAGCUUGCUCUGUGUCUGCUGCUCUCCUGGGUCAUCUGCUACUUCUGUGUCUGGAAAGGAGUGAAGUCCACAGGAAAGGCAGUGUAUUUCACGGCCACCUUCCCCUACGUGAUGCUGUUGGUGCUGGUGGUUCGUGGAGUAACCCUACCUGGUGCCUUAAAUGGAAUCGCAUUCUACCUGUACCCCAACCCUAAGCGUCUGGCUGACCCUCAGGUGUGGAUGGAUGCUGGAACCCAGAUAUUCUACUCCUAUGCCAUUUGUCUUGGAUUUCUGACAUCACUCGGUAGCUACAACAAGUACAACAACAACUGCUACAAAGACUCGUUUUACCUGUGCCUUCUGAACAGUGGGACAAGCUUUGUGUCUGGCUUUGCCAUCUUCUCAGUGCUGGGCUUCAUGUCUUAUGAGAUGAAUGUGGACAUCUCCGUGGUUGCUGAGUCCGGUCCUGGCCUGGCCUUCAUCGUGUACCCACGGGCUGUGUCCAUGAUGCCUGUGCCCCAGCUGUGGGCUGCCUGCUUCUUCAUUAUGAUCAUUCUGCUGGGAGUGGAUGGCCAGUUUGUAGGUCUUGAGAGCUUGAUGACCUCUGUCACAGAUGUCUUCCCCACAUUAAUCCGGAGAGGGUAUCGGAGAGAGCUGCUGCUGUUUCUGGUCUGUGCUUUCUGCUUCCUGUCUGGCCUCUUCAUGGUGACUGAGGGAGGUCUGUACCUGCUCCAGCUGUUUGACCAUUACGUAUGCAGCGGCAGCACCCUGCUGAUCCUGUCAAUCUGUCAGUCCAUAUGCAUCGGGUGGGUCUAUGGUGCUGACCGCUUCUAUGAAAACAUUGAGGACAUGAUUGGCUACAAGCCCGGGCCAAUGGCGAAGUACUGCUGGCUCUAUCUCACACCUUUCAUCUGCACAGGUACCUUCGUCUUCUCUCUGAUUAAGUACUCCCCAUUGAAGUUCAACAACACCUACCUGUACCCGGGGUGGGCGUACGCAUUGGGCUGGUUUCUGGCAGGCUCCUCCCUCUCUCUCAUCCCCCUAACCAUGAUCUACAAGCUCGCUCAUGGCAAAGGGACGUUCUGGCAGCGGCUUCAGCAGGUCUGUAGCUCAGCAGAUGACCUUCCUAUGAGCAGGAAGCAAAGUCCAGGGUCCUGGCCCCUGAAAUCACACCUACGGCAUCUCCCUGGUCCUGAAGAGAUGAACAGCAAAUAA